AGAGGCCGUCGUUUGCUGCUGUAAUUCGGCUACAGUGGGAAGGAAAAUAUUGUUUAAAAUCGACUUUUACACACUCACGAAUAACCAGUUUCGGUUGGAUUUUACUCUACGCCUUCUUUACAGAAAAGGCUUCUCGCUAAAAGGGCAGACCGGGACAGUGAGUCGACUAGCGGCCCAUGCAGCCAUAACGAGCCCGUGAUCCACCAUCACAUCACUGGAGGAGGUAACCCCCCGCCCCCCUUUUCCUCUCCUGUUUCCUAAGCUUCUCUAUCCCCCUGCCCCUCACUAUCAGCACAGAGACCCUCUUCCUAAAGGCCUAUUAGGAACGUGGGUCUGUUCCUCCCCAUUCUCCAAGCCUCCAUCUGUCUCGGUAACUCCACCUGCCCUGUAGGGGGCUGACCACUCUUUGGACACCCCAAAACAUGUCCUCCAUCUUGCCUUUCACUCCACCCGUGGUGAAGCGUCUGCUGGGCUGGAAGAAGUCGGCCAGCGGAGCGGGCGGGGGCGGAGAGCAGAACGGCCAGGAGGAGAAAUGGUGUGAAAAAGCCGUCAAGAGCCUGGUGAAGAAGUUGAAGAAGACGGGUCAGCUGGACGAGCUGGAGAAAGCCAUUACCACACAGAACUGCAACACCAAGUGUGUCACCAUCCCCAGCAAUUGCUCUGAAAUUUGGGGACUGAGUACACCAAAUACGAUAGAACAGUGGGAUACCUCAGGCCUUUACAGCUACCCUGACCAAACCAGAUCUCUGGAUGGACGUCUGCAGGUGUCUCACCGUAAAGGUCUGCCUCAUGUCAUCUACUGCCGCCUGUGGCGAUGGCCUGACCUGCACAGCCAUCAUGAGCUGCGCGCCAUUGAGACCUGUGAGUACGCCUUCAACCUCAAGAAGGAUGAAGUGUGUGUCAACCCCUACCACUACCAACGAGUGGAGACACCAGUUCUUCCUCCCGUUCUCGUGCCAAGACACACAGAGAUCUUGACUGAACUGCCUCCUCUGGAUGACUACACUAACUCCAUCCCUGAAAACACCAACUUCCCCACAGGGAUCGAGCCCCCUAACAACUACAUACCAGAAACUCCUCCACCGGGAUACAUCAGUGAGGAUGGGGAAGCCAGUGACCAGCAGAUGAAUCAAAGUAUGGACACAGGUUCUCCUGCGGAACUGUCACCAAGCACCCUCUCACCUGUCAAUCAUGCCAUGGACUUGCAGCCAGUGACUUAUUCAGAGCCUGCAUUUUGGUGCUCCAUAGCUUACUAUGAACUGAACCAGCGGGUUGGAGAAACAUUCCACGCCUCUCAGCCGUCCCUCACUGUGGACGGCUUUACAGAUCCCUCCAAUUCAGAGCGCUUCUGCCUGGGCCUGCUGUCCAAUGUGAACCGCAACGCCACCGUUGAAAUGACCCGGAGACACAUAGGACGAGGGGUCAGGCUGUAUUAUAUUGGAGGGGAGGUGUUUGCUGAAUGUCUUAGCGACAGCGCCAUCUUCGUUCAGAGCCCUAACUGUAAUCAGAGGUAUGGCUGGCACCCGGCGACUGUCUGUAAAAUCCCCCCAGGUAAGAGAGAUACUUUUCAGUGUACACUGUACGUUCCCUCAAAAUUUGCUUCAAGAUUGAUUUACAUCAGGCAUUAUAAGAUCAUUGUAAUGUCUUUUCUAGGCUGCAAUCUGAAGAUCUUCAAUAACCAGGAGUUUGCAGCACUACUGGCUCAGUCAGUGAACCAGGGCUUUGAAGCUGUGUAUCAGUUGACCAGGAUGUGCACUAUUCGCAUGAGUUUUGUCAAAGGCUGGGGAGCCGAGUACAGACGGCAGACAGUGACGAGCACUCCCUGCUGGAUCGAGCUGCAUCUGAACGGUCCCCUGCAGUGGCUGGAUAAGGUUCUGACCCAGAUGGGCUCACCCUCCGUACGCUGUUCCAGUAUGUCCUAAUCACCAUGAUGAUGCUCUAUUUCUCUUCUGCCCCAAAAACGACUGAUUCUACAAUCACAUCAACCGACAACUCGAAGAACAACAGACUUACUAUAACCUCCCCCCUCCCCCUUUCAUAGUGCUUGUGGCCCUUUCUCUAUCUCUAUCUUACCUUGCCCCGCCCACCUCAAAAACACUGAUGUUCUUACUGUUCGGAUACGAACACGGCACUUGCUGUCACAUCAGCUUCAUGCACCUUUUUAAUUCCCUUUUUUUUUUUCCAUCAUAAAAACCCCCUCAAUAUUAAAUGUAUUAGUAGUAGAAUUUAAAAUGUAUAUUGGGUUUUAUUUUUAUUUUCUAUUGUUUUCAAGAAGGAGGGAAGGUGGUGUGUAUGUUGUGUGGAAGUUCCAGAAGGCAGUACAUAACUUCACGCAUGUAGCAGUAAGCCCCCUUAAAUAAUGGAGUACUCCAACUUUUAACAAUCUGAAUCUGACUGUUCAAGGAGGUAACUUUUUAUGGCAAAAAGUUGCAUUCUUUUUAUUCACGUCAAACAAUUGUAUAAAUGAACGCAUUAAGACUUAAUCAUGACUCGACAACUUCGAUUUCUGAAAGUAAUUCCAAAAUGUAGCUUUAUUAUAAAGUAGAAUUGCCCCAAACCACUAUAUAAGAAUGUUGCCUUUGAUAUGAGGUAUGCUGCUGUCAGACAUGCUUCUUGUAUUCAGAUGCAAACUGAUAGGAAUGUUAACAAAAGGAAACCAAGCAAAAAAGAUCCAUGUUCAAUUUCAACCUCCUUUUCUUUGAGGUUAAACCGUGACUCCCAAUUAACAUUUUAUUCACUGGGUGAAAAAUUCACUAAUUAGCUGUGGAGUGGUUUUGGAGUUUGGUUUCUUUUGAGGAUGAACAAAGACUUUCAAAGGUUAUUAAACGGUCUCAUGCGAAAUGAAAACAAUUGAAAGAAUCCAAGUAUUUAAGCUUUAAGUGUUAAUAAACUAGGAUAUUCUUCACAAUUACAAGAUUGUUUUUCCCCUUUAUUUUUCUUUUAGCUACUUUUUGUAUUUUCAUGUAUUUUUAUAUAUAAAUAUAUUUAAGAUCUUUAAAGCUCUCUUCCUUUUUAUUAGAAUUGAAUAUUUUUUUAGCUCAUACCCUCUUUUUAAAGGAACAUGGCUUCAUAAUGAGAUGCCCGAUCAUACAAAAACGUUAUUUAGCAUGAAGUUUUUAUAAGCGCAAAUAUCUUCUUUACCGUUUCCAAUUCAAGCUGUUGUCCCGCUUAACAUUUCACCCUUGAAAAUCCCAAUCGACCUGAAAUACAUCAGAAUUUUUACUUUAGUUGCUUCUCCCAAUUUCACCCACAAAAACAAUGCGAUGCUGUAUAUUCCACCGCCCCUCAAGCGUAUGUUUUUCCAAAGGGGAAAUUGAGGCUAGCGUCAAAUACUACGGAAAUGUCGCCGUGUUCUAUUAGUUUGCAAUAGAACACCGGUUGCUUUGACAGGAGAACUGUGCAACUUUAGUGUGCAUGCUCGUUGUACAACUUUUUACUAAUGACUGUGAUAUAGCUGUCUGUUAUUCUUUACUUGUUGUGGCAGUGACCAGGCUUUUCAAAUAUCCAUUCCCCUCUUCCCACAUCAGUCUCCAUAUUUUCCUUCAUUGAUUUUACUAUUGCGAUUGUACUUAAAAGUGCAUCUAGUAAAAAAGCUGAUGAAGAUGUUGUGGCCCAUUUUAAAAGAAAUAAAAAAUAUUUAAAAAAACUCAAAGCAGUGGCCAUAAGACACUGGCAACAGUCAACAUUUUUGACUGGGUGUGGAAAGAAAACCAAAUAGAACUGAAAGUGGACCAGACAUAUAUGCAUAUAAAUGUGUAUAUAUAAUUUUAUUUUACUUUUAUUUUUUCUGUAAUUUUUUUUUUUCUCUCUUUUUUUUUUUGCAAAGCAUUUAACAGUUGGUGAGCUUGUUUUACCAUUAGAGAGAUGCAUUGGUAGGACGUGAACUUCAGGCGAUAAGCUUUUCAGGCGUGUUGCAUAUGCAGACUUCAUAAAUACACUAAUAAAAUGUUUUAAUUCUC